AUGGCACUAGCUGUAUGGAAGCGCACAAUCAGAGCGGCGGCGAGGGCAGGGCAGCAGAGCGGCGGCGAGGGCGGCGGCGGCGCGCAGCAGGACGGUGGCCCGCAGCAGAACGGUGGCCCGUGGGGAGCGGCGGCGGCGGCCCGCAAUAGAACGGUGGCCCACGGGGAGCGGGGAGCGGCGGCGGCCCGCGGCGGCAGCGGCAUCCAGCGAGGAGCGGUGGUUGAGGCGCGGCCGCGCGCGGGUACGGAGGCACCGAGGCAGCCAGUGCCUGAACCAUUGGGGCAUGCGAUGCUCAAGGGAAAGCAGGGAGGGGAUACCGAGACCCCUGGAUCACACGAGCCAAAAGGAAUAUUCCUCUUUGAGAAGAUAUUUGGCAACUGUAAGUUGCCAACAUUUUACUGAUACCUCCCACUCUCAUGUCUACACACGUACAAUUUGUAGUUUGCACCACUCUCUUUUUUUUGGGCGGAUAAGUUUGCACCACUCUCACUCCUAGCUUGCCUUUGCAACUUUG